AUGCUGGGACGUACGCCAUCAACAAAUCCGUCGGCUCAGAUUGGUGGCGCACGCGUUGGUCCAGUUGGGCGCGGCUCGCCCUCGAUCAUGCCCCUGAGCACACCUCCCCAGCAGCCACGUCAGCCUUUGCCACAAGGUCCAAUGGUGCCAAAUCAGCCCGUUCAGCAGCGGCCAGCAAAUGGAAUGCCUGGGCAAGGUAGCUCAGCUCCGAUGCCGUCUCAACUAGACCAUCAAAUUCGUCAGUCACAGCAGGUUAAUCAGGGCCACCCAAAUCAAGGACAGGCCUGGAUUCACCAUAAUCAGGCUGGCCCGCAGCAGAGCUCGCCUCGCACUUCAGCCUUGUAUCACUCGAAUCGACAGGCGAACAAUCCCGCGGCAAAUGGGGCCCCUAGAGUGCUUCCUUCGCAACCUCAUGUUCCUACGUUAGGAAGCAAUCAUUACGGCCCUCCAAGAGCCGGAUCUGGACAGCCUGUCAAUGGUUCUCAGCCUAACCUAGCCGAUCGUAGCAACCGGGGACCUCUGCCGCCCAUGAAUGCUGGACCGAUGGGCUCCCGUAUGGACAGACUACAUGCGGGCGAUGCGAGAAACUUUGCGCAAGGCGCCAUGUUACGAGCGGAAGAUGGGUUGAGACAGUCUGCAGACUCCCACCCUGACCGCCUCAAGAUGGCAAAGAGGAAGUCUGAUGCUAGCGACAUGUCAUCUAGAGAUGCGGAUCUGAAGCGCGCGAGAACUGAUACGCCACAGUCGAUAGCCCCCAGGACGAUCACAUUCGCCGAAGUCUAUCAGAACGGGAAAGCGGAGUACAAACACAAUAUCGUCAAAUUCGAGGACGUCUUCUACAUUUUGCGAUGCGACGAGCACGGUGUGCAUUUCAAGCAAAACGCACUGGCAGCCGCAGCCAAGCAUCUCCACGGAGCUUCGCAUGGUCACCAGAAGAAGGAGCACAAGUUAGCGGUUGAAACCAUUGGAUUUCACGUCGUGGACUGCACAGAGGAGCUCGCUGCAAUAAACAAUGAAUGCGUCCGCCUUGCUUUCGAAAAUGGUUACAAGCCCCUAAACCAGCUGCACGGCCCGAAAUCCGGCGGCAAACGACAGUCGGCCGCUCACACGAUGGCUCCCGUCAGACACCCGUCAGUCUCUGAUUCAUCAUUCCAGGCGCCCCCUAACAGCGCCGGAUCUUACCAAACGAAGUUGGACGCCAGGCCACUGGAGGAGAAACAGCAACGCGGUGUGGAUCAUAUCAUGAACCCAGUCCCAGGUGACAUUUACCACGCAAAAUGGCCAAGGAGCAACAAGCUCUACAUCGUUAUGAUUCUGGGCUGGACAUCUUUGAAGAUGUGCGGAUGGGAUGGCUGGCUCAGUGACACGCAGCUUUGCGACAAGAAGAUCCGACCUACAUGCUAUACAUAUAAUGACGAAGGCAUCGGUGGUUGGGCGCCUGGUUACGGAGAUGGCGAGCCGCGUGAGUUGGACAGGGACGUUCCCGUUUUGUGGUUUGAAAAGAACGGAAACACUCGGCUUGGUUGGCUAGGCGUGAAGUUCAUUCUGAAGCCUUUGCUACUUGACGACCCAGACCGAUCUGCUGAUCCUUUGGACCCGGCCAACAACGCGAGAAAGAAGUAUGCUGAGAUCCGUGGAUACGACUCGUUCGAGGCCAUGCUGGCCCAUGUGCAGGCAAGGCAAUCACCGACAGGAGCUGAAGUGGAGUCGACGACGGUGACGGCGACGACUGCGACGAUUCCCGCGAAGCUGCCGUCGUUUGCUUCGGCAUCGGACUCGGAUCCCGUACCAGAUGUUGAUAUGUACGACUUUGGCGACAAUCCUCCUCCAGCUGACGACUCAGACGACGAAGACUACGUAGAGCCUAAGCGCAGAAAUGGCCAAGAUUCAGAUGACGACAUGGCGGAUAUCGAGGAAGGCCCAACAACACCUCAGCAGCCUCCCCGGCGCAGCACUCAAGAGGUGCGCCCUACGUCGCGGCUGAGCGAGAGUAGUUGGAUGACGGGGAGAUCUGGAGCCGCUGCUGGCACCCGUCUGUCAGCCAAAAAAGACAGGGCAGCAGUUGAUAAGGAGGAUGUGACAAUGGGCGAUGCUGCCCAAGUUUCGCCGUCCAAGGAUCGAGCUGUUAGCAGGGAGAACGCGACUCCCGUCCCCGCGAACACCAAUGGAGGACCCGUCACAGUCGCACUUGGAACCCCAGCGACUCCUCAGAAAGCAUCCGCAGAGAUCGCUGUGAACGGGCCAACUUCGAUUCCCAAUUCCACUCCUAUGACUGAGGGCAGCGCGCCUAUGAGUACCGUAUCACCAGAAUCGAGUCAGCCAACAGUCGUAUCAGCAACCGAGCGGUCUGCGCUCAGUGAGAUUGCCAGGAGUAACGCUUCUCAGAGGCAGAAUGCUCAAGACAGUGCACAUCUGGCGGCGGAAACUAUACGAGCUCCGCCAGCGAGCGAGAACCAGACUCAGAUGGACCAAACAUCAAUGGCAAGCUUGGCCCAGACCGCGAUGAAGACUGCUUCUAAAUCGCCGAGUCUAGACAAGGAAGUUCCUCGUAUAAGCCCCAAGCUGCAAAUCGCAGACUUGGUUAACGACGCAGCCAGCUCUGAAAAGGCAGUGCGUCGACCUCUGCCAUCCAAGCCAGUCCUAGACCUUGUUGAGUCAGCGCCACUCCGACAUCCACUGCCUCAAAAGCCAAGCCAAGGAAUUCAUCUCGAUCAAAUGACGAGGGCUAGCCAACAGCCGUCGCCCGCUCUGUCCACUAAGAGUAUCAAGGAGGCAGCGUCGCCAUCGUUGUACAGCCCGUUUCCUCAACCCCCGCGAAGUGCCAGCGCUGCCAGCGCCGAGAGCGCCGCUCGCCGACCCGAUCCUCGCAUGAGUAUUGCUAGCAUGAGCAGUAGCAGUGCUCACGAUGACCAGGAGCGAGGGACGAUCAAACAGACGGUGGUGAUUGGCACGAGCAACGGCACUGCCUCGGGUAGUAGUACCCCCAAGGUGUUGACACACGCCAGCUUGGUCAACAAUGAGCAGUGGCGUGCAGUCCGGGCAUCAGAGUCGCCGCGGGUCACGCCUGCGGCGCUUCAGUCGCCUCUCAUCGACCGAAGUGCAGCGGCGUCUCCUGCUCUGGGAGGCAAGAGGGAUGCUGAAAACUUUAUCGACGUGUCGGAGUUUCACCAGGGCAGUCAGCAUUGGGUGCAGCCGGGAAAAUUCCUGCGAUUCAACACGGAUGACGAAUCGAGCAGCAUCAUGCGAAGCAAGGAGGAGGACGGCAUGGAGGCGGUUGUGGAUGCCAGCCUAGUCGAGGCAGCAAAGAUGGCGGGAACGACAGUACAGUUGAAGCUCAAGACGGAGAAGGGCGAGAAGUUGGAGCAGAGACUGGUGUUUGAGGCCAACUCGGUAACGGGUAGCCAACGUGGAGCAAAGCUGCAGGCGACCAAGUUCUAUCGAUGGCUUUCAGCCAAGAACCCGGAUAUGCAGCACCUGUUUUGA